AUGGCAAAUCCGCCGCAUGGCGGGGUCUUGAAGGACCUGAUCGCCAGGGACCAGCCUCAAUAUGACCGCUUGGUUGCGGAGGCGGAAAACUUGCCUGCCAUUGUCUUGUCAGAGCGCCAACUAUGUGAUCUGGAGCUCAUUCUAAAUGGGGGCUUCUCUCCGCUUGAAGGCUUUAUGAGUGAAAAAGACUACAACUCUGUGGUGAAAGAUGUCCGGCUGUCAGAUGGCACACUCUUCAGCAUGCCGAUAUGCCUAGAUACGACCCAGGAGAAGAUCAAGGAAGCUGACCUGGAAGUUGGGUCUCGCGUAACACUUCGAGAUUUCAGAGACCAAUCAAAUCUUGCAAUCAUCACCAUUGAGGAUAUUUACCAGCCCAACAAAGACACAGAAGCUCGCGAAGUCUUCGGCGGCGACCCGGAGCACCCAGCAAUUAAAUACUUGCACAACACCGUCGGCACACACUACAUCGGCGGCCGAAUUCAAGCCGUCAAUCGUUUGAACAACUACGACUAUGUUGCCUUGCGAUACACCCCAGCCGAGCUCCGCAUCCACUUCGAGAAGCUCGGCUGGACACGAGUCGUCGCCUUUCAGACUCGCAACCCAAUGCACCGCGCUCACCGCGAACUGACCGUCCGUGCAGCCAGAGCACGCCAGGCAAAUGUGCUCAUCCACCCAGUUGUAGGGCUCACCAAACCCGGCGAUAUCGACCACUUCACCCGUGUCCGCGUCUAUCAAGCUAUCCUCCCACGCUAUCCUAAUGGCAUGGCGGUCCUCGGUCUAUUACCUCUAGCCAUGCGAAUGGGCGGACCCAGGGAAGCUAUCUGGCACGCCAUCAUCCGCAAGAACCACGGCGCAACCCACUUCAUAGUCGGCCGCGACCACGCCGGCCCAGGCAAAAACAGCUCCGGCAAAGACUUCUAUGGCCCUUACGACGCUCAGCAUGCCGUCGAGAAAUACCGCCAGGAACUCGGCAUCGAAGUCGUCCCCUUCCAACAAAUGAUCUACCUCCCAGACUCAGACGAAUACCGCCCGGAUGACCAAGUCCCCUCCGGCGUCCGCACCCUCAACAUCUCCGGUACCGAGCUCCGCUCCCGCCUCAAAUCUGGCAAGGAGAUCCCAGAAUGGUUCUCGUACCCUGAAGUCGUCAAAGUGCUCCGCCAAUCGCACCCGCCCCGAUCCCGACAGGGUUUCACCGUCUUCCUCACCGGCUACCAGAACAGCGGCAAAGAAGCCAUCGCGAGAGCCCUAGACGUGACACUGCACCAGCAAGGCGGCCGACCCGUCUCGCUCCUCCUAGGCGACACCGUCCGCUCGGAACUCAGCUCGGAGUUGGGCUUCAGCAAAGAAGACCGCCACAAGAACAUCCAGCGCAUCGCGUUCGUGGCGUCGGAGCUCACGAAGGCCGGCGCGGCUGUCAUCUGUGCGCCUAUAGCGCCAUUUGAGGCCUCGAGGCAGAAUGCACGGGAGACAGUGAGUCAGCAUGGGAGUUUCUUUCUCGUGCAUGUGGCUACGAGUUUGGAGUUUGCGGAGCGCACGGAUAAGAGGGGUGUUUAUGCGCGGGCGAGACGGGGGGAAAUUAAGGGGUUCACGGGCGUGGAUGAUCCGUAUGAGGAGCCUGGGAAGGGAGCCACCGAUUUGAAGGUUGAUGUGGAGAGGACGAGUGUGAGGAGCGUGGUGCAUCAGAUUGUGCUGAUGUUGGAGAGUCAGGGGUUGCUGGACAGUUCGUAA